AUGGGCAAGAGCAAGACCAAGCGCUUCAAACGGCCUCCGUUCUCUCCCACGGGUGAACGUGAGGCAGCGGAGAAUGAGGAGGCCGUACUUGGCGAUUCGCCGGCUGUGGAGCUCCUAGAAAAGCUCCAGCAUCCCAGCGCUGAAGUGCGUGAGUGCGCCUGUGCGGGGCUGGCGCGGCUGGCGCAGCAGCUACCCGCCAUCUCUGCCUUGACCCGCAGGAACGCCGUACGGCAGCUUGGGCCACUGCUGCUGGACCCCAGCUUGGCUGUGCGGGAGACUGCGGCCGGCGCCCUGAGAAAUCUCAGUGCUUGUGGGGGUUUUGAAGUUUGUGAUGACAUGGUUACUAAGGACAUCAUGACACCACUUGUUGCACUGUUAAGAGAGUGUAGUGCUGGAUUAGAUUCCAAUGAAGCGUCUUUGAAGAAAAACAAAGAUCUGAAUAAAAAUUAUAUCGAAGAUAUAGCUAAUGAGGCUGUAAAUGUGCUAUGGAAUAUAUGUGAAUGCAGUAGUAGAGCAGUAUCUAUAUUCAACAAAGAAGGGUGCUUGGAGAUUGUAUUAAAAUAUUUAAGUAGGUUUUCCACCAAUGUUGACCUGGCUAUUUCAGUAGCAUUUUGUUUACAAGCAGUAACAGAAGAUAACCCAGAGCUUUUAAAAUCUUUUAGUGCUCCAGCUCUACAGGUGCUAGAAUCAGCAAUGUUCUCACCUAUCUCUUCUAUGGAAUACACUCUUCUGAAAACAUUAUUGGCAGGGACAGUGUGGAAUCUAAAGGAUAUUCUUCCAUCCAAGAGUCAAGCAGAUACCAUAAAUGCACUUCUAAAGAUUUUCUCUGAUGUUUUAGAAGUGGAUAUUGGGGAAGUGGUUAUUCAGAUGAAGGAAGCUGAAACUCAAAGGUUAAAUGCUGCAGAGGCUGAGACUGAGGAAACAGAGGAAAUGAAUGGUGAUACUUUGAAAGAAGAUGAUGAAAUGGAAGAAAUUCCCCACAAAAAGAAAGUCAGAAGGAAAACUUUCAUUUCAGACUUACUUCCGCCAACUGAAAAGGAAUUGAAACAGACAGUAGCCUUACUCACUGCUCAGCAGAUUGCCCUAGAAAUUAUUGUCAACAUGUGCUGCAGCGAAGAUCCUUCUGAUGAUGAGUGGGAUGAGUUUUCUAGCAGUGAUGAAAGUGAUGCAUUUAUGGAUAAUUCCUUCAGUGAAUCCAAUGGACAACUAAUGUCCCCACUCUGCCUUUCUGCUGAAGUUCAUACUGCUCUUACAAACUACCUAAUUCCCAAGAAGAUUGUUGAGAAAAUUGCUUUUCCAAACAGCAUGGCAAUUGACAUCUGUUCCAGAAAUCCUACUUGGAAGCCAUUGAUUAGAAAGAUGAACACUAUACAGUGUAGAGCCCUUGUGUGCCUUCACAGUAUCUUAUCUGUUUUAGACAUGGACUGUCUUGGAGGAGCCCCAGCACUUCAGACACUUGCACAGCACCUGUCACAGCUUGUUUUUUCUCAGCCAGAUUUUGCCAAACACACAGAAUUUCUGGAAGCCAUAAGUAGUGCUUUAAGGACUCUCUUGCAGAUAAUGGCAUCCAAGAACAUUUCUCAGUGCAUGACUCCUGAGCAGCUGAUGUCAUUAUGUGAAGCUGGCAUUCAUAGCAGUAAUAUUGGUGUUAGAGUAAAUGUCGUUAGUAUUUUAGGAAUCACAGGCAGUGUCCUAGCCAAAGAAGAUGGUACCCUUGAAACACUGAAGACUAUUGGCAGAUUUCUUCUUGAAGUAGCCACCAAAGAUUCUUCUCUUGUAGUAGCUGGAGAAACUCUAGAUGCCAUCUUUGAUGUUUUUGCAGAUGGUAAAGAGGCUGAAAAGGCAGCAGUUGAGAUCAAAUUGUUAUCUGCACUGAAAGAAUUCCAGCCAGUUUUCAAAAUGAAGAUUCGAAAAGAAGGAAGAGGAAAACAUAGUACAGAUCAACUCUGUGUUCUUGACAAUGUGAAAAUGAACUUGAGAAGAUUUAUUGCUUAUCAAGAGACUGUAGAGAAAAGACUUAACUCCUUGAACUACCAGAAAACUGAUUCUUCUCAUUUGCUUUAAUUGCUAUGGAGUAUUUACUAUUACAAAAUGGAGGCCUUUAUCUCAAAUGCCACUUGUAUUUUACAAUAUAUGCAAUUUUUAAAAAUUACAUAUUUUCA